UGGCGCCGUCUUGAUACUUUCAGAAAGAAUGCAUUCCCUGUAAAAAAAAAAAAAAAAAAAAAAAUAGAGAGAGAGAGAGGGAGAGGGAGAGGAAAGAGAGGGACGGAGAGAGAGCGAGACAGAGCGAACUACGCAAUCUGACCGAGCAGGUCACACGCCUCCUCCUCCUCCUCCUCUCUGCUCCUGCUACCCAGGUGACCUGAGGAAAAACUGAGCGCUGAGGAACCCCGGUGCAGAGGAGCCUCACUUGCAGAAUUCCAGCRUCCGUGCCCCUCCUCUUACAAUUCRGCCCCCUUUUAUCCGGCCGUACCAAGUUUUUGGAUCGUUUUUUCUUUUCCUUUUUGCCACACUAUCUUUCAAAGAUUUUCCCCGCCCCCCAACCCUCUCAUUUGCUCACCUUUCCUUCCCAGUCUUCCCAUUCUCCCAUUGAAACCAACCAUUAAACGACUCUCCAGCUCUCGGACAGCAGGAGUCCGCGGACCUCCCAGGCCGACCGCCCUCCCUCUUCGCGCGCGGGUUCCGGGCCCGGCGAGAGGGCGCGAGCGCAGCCGAGGACAUGGAGGUGACCGCGGACCAGCCGCGCUGGGUGAGCCACCACCACCCCGCGGUCCUCAACGGACAGCACCCGGACACGCACCACCCUGGCCUCGGCCACUCCUACAUGGAUCCAGCGCAGUACCCCCUGCCCGAGGAGGUGGAUGUACUUUUUAACAUCGACGGUCAAGGGAACCACGUCCCGUCCUACUACGGAAACUCAGUCAGGGCCACGGUGCAGAGGUACCCUCCGACCCACCACGGGAGCCAGGUGUGCCGCCCGCCUCUGCUGCACGGAUCCCUGCCCUGGCUGGACGGCGGCAAAGCCCUGGGCAGCCACCACACUGCUUCACCCUGGAACCUCAGCCCCUUUUCCAAGACGUCCAUCCACCACGGCUCCCCUGGGCCACUUUCCGUCUACCCGCCGGCCUCGUCCUCUUCCCUGGCGGCGGGUCAUUCCAGCCCGCACCUUUUCACCUUUCCGCCUACUCCGCCGAAGGAUGUCUCCCCGGACCCGUCCCUCUCCACCCCUGGCUCAGCUGGCUCGGCCCGGCAGGACGAGAAAGAGUGCCUCAAGUACCAGGUGCCRCUGCCCGACAGCAUGAAACUGGAGGCGUCGCACUCCCGCGGCAGCAUGACCACCCUGGGAGGGGCCUCCUCGUCGGCCCACCAUCCGAUCACCACCUACCCGCCCUACGUGCCCGAGUACAGCUCCGGACUCUUCCCCCCAAGCAGCCUGCUGGGGGGCUCCCCCACUGGCUUCGGAUGUAAGUCGAGGCCCAAGGCGAGAUCCAGCACAGAAGGCAGGGAGUGUGUGAAUUGUGGGGCUACCUCCACCCCACUGUGGCGGCGAGAUGGCACCGGUCACUACCUUUGCAACGCCUGUGGGCUCUACCACAAAAUGAAUGGACAGAACCGGCCCCUUAUCAAGCCCAAACGAAGGCUGUCGGCAGCAAGGAGAGCAGGGACAUCCUGUGCAAACUGUCAGACCACCACAACCACUCUCUGGAGGAGAAAUGCCAAUGGAGACCCUGUCUGCAAUGCCUGUGGACUCUACUAUAAGCUGCACAAUAUUAACAGACCCCUGACUAUGAAGAAGGAAGGCAUCCAGACCAGAAACCGAAAAAUGUCUAGCAAAUCCAAAAAGUGCAAAAAGGUGCAUGACACGCUGGAGGACUUCCCCAAGACCAGCUCCUUCAACCCGGCUGCCCUCUCCAGACACAUGUCCUCCCUGAGCCACAUCUCCCCUUUCAGCCACUCCAGCCACAUGCUGACCACGCCCACGCCGAUGCACCCGCCUUCCGGUCUCUCCUUCGGACCUCACCAUCCUUCCAGUAUGGUCACCGCCAUGGGUUAGAGCCCUGCUUGAUGUGCACAGGUCUCCAAGCGAGAGAGAGUCCCUUCAACCCCCCUUCUACUUGCGUUUUUGCAGGAGCAGUAUCAUGAAGCCUAAAAGUGAUGGAUAUAUAUGUUUUUGAAGGCAGAAAGCAAAAUGAUGUUUGCCACUUUUGCAAAGGAGCUCACUGUGGUGUCUGUGUUCCAACCACUGAAUCUGGAUCCCAUUUGUGAAUAAGCCAUUCAGACUCAUAUUCCCUAUUUAACAGGGUCUCUAGUGCUGUGAAAAAUUGCUGAACAUUGCAUAUAACUUAUAUUGUAAGAAAUACUGUACAUUUGAGGAAGACUUUAUUGCACCUGGGUAGCUGUAAGAAAGGCAUGAAGGACGCCAAGAUUUUUAAGGAGUAUGGGGAAAAAAUAAAGUAUGGAAAUUCAGAAGAAACUAGGUCCGAUAUCUAAAUGGACAAACUGCCAGUUUUGUUUCCUUUCACUGGCCACAGUUGUUUGAUGCAUUAAAAGAAAAAGAAAAAAAAAAGAAAAUUAAAAAAAAAAGAAAAAUAUAUAUUAAAAAAAAAGAAAAAAAAAGUUGUAGGCAAAUCAUUUGUUCAAAGCUGUGGGCCUCUGCAAAGGAAAUACCAGUUCUGGGCAAUUGCUGUUAAAGUCACAAAUUGCCAUCGAGGGUUUCAGAGUGUCAUUUCUAGGCCUACAUGCUUUGUGAACAAGUCUCUGUAAUUGUUGUUUGUAUGUAUAAUUCAAAGCACCAAAAUAAGAAAAGAUGUAGAUUUAUUUCAUCAUAUUAUACAGACUAAAUUGUUGUAUAAAUUUAUUUACUGCUAGUGUUAAGAACUACUUUUUUUUUUUCCUUUUUCGGUUUUAAAUAUUUUUCUUCUCUCUCAAUUUUUGGUUGAAUAAACUAGAUUACAUUCAGUUGACCUAA